AUGCCUGCCUUCAACAGAUUGCUUCCCCUAGCUUCUCUCAUGCUCAUCUGCUGGGUCAGAGUCUGCUUCCCUGUGUGUGUGGAAGUGCCCUCGGAGACGGAAGCCGUGCAGGGCAAUCCCAUGAAGCUGCGCUGCAUCUCCUGCAUGAAGAGGGAGGAGGUGGAGGCCACCACUGUGGUGGAAUGGUUCUACAGGCCUGAGGGCGGUAAAGAUUUCCUUAUAUACGAGUAUCGAAAUGGACACCAGGAGGUGGAGAGCCCGUUCCAAGGUCGUCUGCAGUGGAAUGGGAGCAAAGACCUGCAGGACGUGUCCAUCACUGUGCUCAAUGUCACUCUGAAUGACUCUGGCCUCUACACAUGCAACGUGUCCAGGGAGUUUGAGUUUGAGGCACACAGGCCCUUUGUGAAGACCACAAGACUAAUACCCUUGAGAGUCACUGAAGAGGGUAAGACUAAGGCCUGGAGUCUCUUCAAGGGGUCUGACUACCUUGCUAUCCCUUCAGAGAACAAGGAGAACUCUGUGGUACCUGUGGAGGAAUAG